CCCGGCGUCCUCCCUCCAGCUCCGGCUCCUCCUCCUCCCCUCCAGCCCCGGCGCCCGCAGCGGGCUCCAAGAGGCGGGCGGGUGCGCCUCCCCCUCUUCGUCCUCCCCCUCGUCUCGCUCUCUCGCGGCUAACUUUCCCGAGCCCCGACCCGCUGCGCGGAGCACCCCGGCCAGUUUGCCGGACCCAGAGCCGACCUCGGGCGGAGAGUGCGGGGGUGCCCAGUAUCUCAUCUCAAGCCCUCGGAGCGCUCCGAAGAGAACAGGACCAUGUUCUGGGAUGGGGACCGAGGCAUAACCCUGGCGAGAUGGCUGGGCACUGGGCUUUUGGGUCUCUUCCUGCUCCCUGUGUCCUGGUCAUUGGAGGUGUCUGUGGGAAAGGCCACCACCAUCUACGCUAUCAAUGGCUCAGCGAUCCUGCUGCCUUGCACCUUCUCCAGCUGUUUUGGCUUCGAGAAUCUCUACUUCAGGUGGUCCUACAAUGGCACCGAUACCUACAAGAUCCUCAUAGACGGCAUUGUGAAGAACGAGAAGUCUGACCCCAAGGUGAGGACGAAGGAUGAUGACCGCAUCACCCUGGAGGGCUCCACUAAGGAGAAGAUGAACAACAUCUCCAUCCUGCUGAGUGACCUGGAGUUCAGCGACACCGGCAAAUACACCUGCUUCGUGAGGAACCCCAAAGAGAAGGACCUGAACAACUCGGCCACCAUCUUCCUCCAAGUGGUUGACAAGUUGGAAGAAGUGGACAAUACGGUGACACUCAUCAUCCUGGCUGUGGUGGGCGGGGUCAUUGGUCUUCUGGUCUGCAUUCUGCUGCUGAAGAAGCUCAUCACCUUCAUCCUCAAGAAGACCCGAGAAAAGAAGAAGGAGUGUCUUGUGAGUUCCUCUGGGAAUGACAACACAGAGAACGGGCUUCCUGGCUCCAAGGCAGAAGAGAAGCCACCCACAAAAGUGUGAGGCCCUGCUCGGGCCAAGCAGUGCAGGGAGCCUCACUUUCCGAUGGUGACACGGAUGCCUGGGUUCUGUCUGUAGACACCCACUGAGAUGUGUGCUGCUUGGCCCAAACUGUAGUCUCUCUGAGCAGAAGGACCUGAUCCUGUCCUGUCCAGCCUGCGCUACCAUUCUCCCCCUAGCCAGGGCUUCCCAGGGCAAGGGCUGUUUAGGGGAGGAAGCCUAUAGGAGAUCGAAGAAAGGGAAAGGCAGGGCUGGAGCCCUGUGGAAGGGUUGGUCCCUGGCACCUGGGAAAAUGGGGUCCCCUUUAGACUUCCCACCUCCGUGAACCCUCACUUUCCCCUCACUUUUCCUACUCAUCUUUCACCAGGAAAUCGGGGUGACCAGAAGGCUGCUCCCAAAGCUGGGGUUCAGAGAUGAGCUCUUGAGAUGCUGGGAAUGUGCUAGAACUCUGGGGUGUAGUCUGCUGGAAGUGGGGCCAGUUCAGAGAUGCUGGCUGGGCUUUGAAGGAUAUCAGGCUUCCAGAAAUUCCUUCAGAGGAGACUUCUCUUCCCCCACCCCAGAACACCUGCACACACUGUUCUGGCUCCCUGUCCAGCCUUCUGCUCUGAAUUUGUAGGAUCCCCACCCCCAGGUCGGCCUGGAUGCCCUGAACUUCAAGUGUCCCAGUCUACCCUAGCCUGUCUUUGCUCUCGAUUGCAGCAGCUGAGGAGGCUUGUGGGGAGGUCCUCCAUCCUCCCUGGAGCACUGGGAUGCUAUAUGCAUCUUUUCUCACUUUGCUUUUCGGGUUUCAGAGGUGGGAGAACAGCGUCUCCAACCUCCCAGCGUUUGGAAUGUCUAUCCCAGCCCUACAGGACUGACAACCCUUAUCCUUGGCAUGGCAGGACCAUGCCACCCUGGCACUCCCAGAGCACAGUUUUCCCCACUUCUGCCCUUCUCUUGAAACAGCUGAUGUUGCCACCUUACCCGAGGAAUGGUUUGCUAGAACCUUCCAUCCUUUCCCUUUGCUCCUCCUAUGUCCCUCCAGCAUGUCUGGCCUUUCCCUGCCCCCAAAUCCAUCCUUUUCCCAGCCCUGGGUCUGCCUUUGCCUCAGGGACCCUUGUUUCCAGAGAAGGCCCUUGGCUUUUCCAGCUGCUUUCUGCCCAGCUGGGUCAGCUCCUCUCCCAGCCUGAGGUUGAGGAGGAGCAGAGAGCGGGUUCUUAUGCUUUCUCGCUCCUUCCUGCAGAGCCGGUUUGCACACCCCUCGAGUGUGGGGCUAGAUUGUGCCUUAGCUCCCUGAGUCCUGGUUCUUACCCCAUUUCCUUUGGCUCACACUCCCUGACUUAAUUCCAUAGUCUGGUGUGACAAUGGUGGGGUUCCCCAGCUCCCCUCCCCAAGGUCGUAGGGGAGGCCUUGCAGCUGGAGCUGUGUUGACAAUGGCCCUUUGGCUGGUGGUAGUCUUGAAGACACCUGUGAGGUGUCUCAUCCUUGUCCUUAUUGUGAACAUGGGAUGACAUCGGAUGUGGGACCUCCAGGUGAGUUUGAUUGUGGGGGGUCACUAUGGGAUAUGAGAUGUGAUAACGGGGUACCUCCAACUCCUUCAUCAGGUUUAUGAUACUCUUGGGUCCCCAGAAGAUGAAGACCAUUCCUCUUCCUAGGGAGUCUAAGGCCUGUUGCAGGCUCUGCCCGGGCGUAGCUGAAGGCUUACCCCAAAGUAGAAGUGAGGGUCUAAGGAGCAAUAGGGCCUGUAGGGGCCUGAGGCUAUGGCUUGCGUCUCUUGUCCAAGCCCAGGAGCUCACAGGUCCUUACCUCCUCUCCUCCUGUCCUUCACAUGGAACCCGUUGUGGGCUGGGGUAAAAGCUGCCCUUCUCCCGCUUUAUAUUUCAUUUGAGACAGAGUCUCAGGUAGCCCAGGCUGGCCUCCAACUUCCUACAUAGCCAAGGCUGGCCUUGAACUCCCGACCUUCUGCCUCCACCACCCCAGUGCUGGGAUGACGGGCGUGACCCCACACCCUGCUCGGAGCAACCUGGCUCUGAGAGCAAACAUGGCACCCGAGCCUCCAGCCAGCCAUUCAGGAAACUUCCAGCUGCCUUCACAUAAACUGCUUUCUUCCCCAACACAGGAAGGGGCCAAGUGCUGUGGGCAAUUCUUGCUUUCUUGAGAGGAAGCUGAGGCGUGUUACCCUGCCCCUCUUCCCGUCACUGUCGGCUUACAGGCAACCCUUGCAGCUUCUCCCGUCUACCCAGAGGGUGAAGUCGUACCUACCUCACAGGACUGUUGUGAGGCUUGGCGAUUGGUUUUGCUUUGUUCUUGCUUGGCUUGGAAAGGCAUUGGGAAACAAGGCUUUUAACUGGAGAGAGUGUUCCACGGCUGUCCUGUCCUCAUCCCUAUAACCCACAUAUGCCUCACACUCUUCCUCUUCCCUUUGGAACCAUAGGAACCAUAACUCUGAUUGAUGCUUAAAGUAUCUUGUCCAUGGCACUUUUUUUUUUAAAAUGAAGAUGAAUGAGACUAUGGGGGUCAUUUUCUUAUUGUUGUCCCAAUGCCUGUGAUACUAUUGGCGUUUAAUGGAUAGGGAGUAAGAGCACAAAACUUAGUCCUCUUGACAGAGAAUGUCCGGUCCUAGUACUAGCUUCACGCCUGUGCAGACAUUGCCACGGACUGCAUUACAAUGUAUACUCACAAAGCCAUUUCCCCCAGCCAGACCCUCUGGCAGGCAAGUUUUCAGUAGUGAUCUCAGGGUUGCUAAGGGUGCUCCCUGCACCACUGGGCUACAGAACCUCUUAUACGGUUGACUUUGGAAAACCUGGGCCCAUGCAGUUGUGCUGACAGUGAUGUCAGUGAGACCAAAGAUGAAGCACAAGUCCCUCAUCCUUGACCUCCGAAUAGACAUCUGCCUUGGAGGGCCCAGAUCGCUCUAUGGAGAAACUGAGGAGCAGAAGGCAACUGGAACCAGCCUGCAGGGCUGGAGGGCCCGAGAGCGGGAUGGACAAGGGGGCAGAAUGUCACACCUCUGACUGACCAGCUUUUGUGGAGUCUGGGAGACAAGAGCAUCCUUUAAACGGUGGGACUCGAAGGUGCUCUGGUGUGAAGUGGGUGUGGCAGGGUGUGCCUGAAGAGGGUGCACUGUGCACGCAAAGAGCCAUGUGAGAUGGGGGGAGGGGCUCUGCCUUUGCAGUAGCCUGAGCUGGAGACUGAGGAAGGGUCAGAGACAGAAAUGAACAGCCACACUCCUGGAUUCCACUGGGUGACUCCAUGGACAGAAAACGGUCAUUGGAAGGCUGGGGCAGGGAUGCCGAAAAGAAGGAUUUGUGGGGAAAUCCUCUAGCUUGCUGCACUUUGUUUUGUCCCGGAUUGGAGUCCCUGCUCUCCUCCCUCCUACCGGAUACGCAGUGCUUUUGACUAUCUUAUGCAUGGUUUACUCAUCUGGCUUGGAUGGCUGUACCCAUAGUCAGUUUUCCUAUAUACCUUUAUAGAUCAAACAGGAUAGUGAUGGGCUGUGGGAGCCUCAGGUCCACGGGGCCUCUGGGAGGCCCUGAUGUGCACACACCCACCACUGACUUGUGUUUAAGCACAGACUGAAUGCGAUUAGGUUGUCUUGUCUCUACAACACAUUUUGCACUGUAGGAUUGAAUUUAGCUUCGCUUUGGAUGAAAUAAAAAUUAUUUUU